AACGCGUCGCGAGACUUUUUUCGGCCUUACGCUGCUGCUGAUUCUGCACUGCUCUUUCCGUCCCAUAUUACCCGGGUGUGGUUCGACAUUUGCAAAGUUCGGUAAAGAGCCCAAGGAACGACCCUCGUUCGACCCGUGCUCCCGUAUAGAAAUUCGUUCUCGUUUAUUCCAAAGGAAGUACGAAGCCAACCUUCUAAGUCAACAUGUUCGCUUGCAGCCGAUUGAUCGCCCCCGCCGUUGCCAGGUCCACCCUGGUUGCUGGUACAAAGGCCUACGUCAGGCCUCUGAGCAGCGCGGUUCUCCAACAGAGCCAGACUUUCCAAAAACAGAAACAACAGACACCAGUGGUCAGUCUGUCCCCAUUGGUUCGUAACUUCCAAACAUCCACGAUCAGUCGUGACAUCGACUCUGCAGCCAAAUUCAUUGGUGCUGGUGCUGCCACUGUUGGAGUUGCAGGAUCCGGUGCUGGUAUCGGAUCUGUCUUUGGAUCGCUCAUCAUUGGUUAUGCCAGGAAUCCAUCACUUAAGCAACAGCUCUUCUCAUACGCCAUUCUGGGCUUUGCCCUGUCAGAGGCCAUGGGUCUCUUCUGUCUUAUGAUGGCUUUCCUGCUCCUCUUCGCCUUCUAAGCCAUGAAUCAUUUAAAAAAAUACAAAUAGUUCUAGUGCGUCACUGCCAAAACAGCUAUCAUUGAUCUUGAAUUAGGGUUUGUGAUUGCUGUUUAUGGUAAUGCGGUACAGUCCAUGAUAAUAUUGAGGGGACAAACCCAUGUUUUAAAGCUAAAAUUGAGAUAUGUUAAUAAAUUUUAACUUUAAGUCUCCAAAUAAAUUUAGGAAGUUUUUAUGUUCCUAAAUGGGUAACACCAUUUGUUUGUACUGGUAUGAAAUCCAUCCAUGCCAUUUUUACCUCAUAUCCUUUGCUUUAAAGUUUCCUAAAUAAAUUAUUGACUUGCCGCAUGUUAUAUAAAUCUAAUACUCAAUUUUUUAAGAUCUGCUCUAAAAAAAGUUAUCCAAGAUUUUAUUACAUUUAGGUGUUCCAGAUUUUUUAUUUGAAUGUACAAUACAUUUGCAUCAGUGUAAACAUGUGCAAUUAAUUUGUUAAAAAAACUUGGGAAGUUUUGGUUACACCUAUACACCUAGGUAAUAAAUUUGAAUUUUCAUCAAAUUACUAAGAAAUUUGAGAACCUUGAUAGAAAUGAGUAACUUAAAAAUUAAUUAAUGUGUUUAUAAAUUAUAACAUUACUUAUGGGCUUGGAAAAAAAGCCUGCAGUAAAGAGUUUUCCAUUUGUAUAACAUGUACAUUGCAAUAACAUCUGUUCUCAAUAUCAUCCUGAGAAAUGACAAAUGAACAUUAAAAUUUUAUAAGUGAGGUUGAGCAUCAUACAUUUCUACUCUUAUCUACUGUAGUCAUGGAUGCAGAGACAAUACCUGCUACCACACAUGGGGAAUUCAAACUUUUCUUUCAUAACAGUAAAUUUGUUGGAGCCUGAUAUGAUUGAUCAAAGUGAUAGAGGCUUAGUUCUCUACAGUGAUGGAAAAUUAUGAUCAAUGAAAGGCUUUACUUUGCAUUAAUAAUAUCGGCUUUUCGUCACUGUACACGAAACGUUAAAAUUUAAAAAUCGUUAUAUUAUAUAAAUAUGGGUUUGUCUCUUAUGGGAAUCAGUGACUUGUGCUAUUUUAGUAAGGAGGAGUCUUAAUGUCGCAACAUCGAGGCGUACACGUACACGAAAAAGAUCUUGACCAUUUACUAUUGACAUUAUCUCCAGAUACUACUAGACAGCUCACUUGACUAGAUACCAUUAAAUACAUCAUGGACUCACUGCUAGGUGUAGCAUAUCUCACAUUGUUAUGAAAUCUUGUAAACCAAUUAUUAAUAGAAAAAGAGGUUACCGAAAAAAAGUAUCAAGAACGACAGAAUAAAAGCAUACCCCACUAUUUCGCGCACGCAUGUAACGCAUUACGAUAAUUAUAAAUGCAUACUUUAAAAACAUCCCCAAUGCAAAUGCCACAAGUGUAAGGCAGGAAAUUUGUUUUAUUCAUUAUAAUGUGAUUUUUUUUGUUUUUGUUAACCGAGCGAUUGAUUGUUGUUGUGCUAUUUGUCGCACGUUGUUGAGGUAACUCUUGGCGAAGAAUCUGUACAGUGAUAUCAAAUAAACAUCUUUGUCGUGAGAUA